UGAUGAAGCGGGUUCAGUUGAACCCGCUUGCCACCACGUGCGUCCGCCACUGUGUACAACAUAUGGAUACCAUGAGCAUUAUUGGCUUUAGGAAGAAGUUACAACCUUAUAUACUAUAAGCAACAACGAUAACAAUAACCCCUAAUCUUAAACAAAUUGAGUAGCUAUAUGAAUCUUUGCUAACCAUAUUUUUCCAUUUAAAUUCAUCUCAAGCCAACCUUAUACAAAAUAAAAAAGUUAUUUAUAUUUUCUAGUGUCAUUAAAAUCUCCGAUAGGACUAAAUGACUCCUAGAAAGUAUAGGAUUUAAAGUACACGUAUUGCAACAACAACAACAACCCUAGUGUAUUCCUAUAAGUGGGGAAAAGGUACACGUAUUAACAUGAGUAAAUCAAUAUUCCCAAUUAAUUUGUAUUGCCUAUAUAGAUCUUUUUCUUUUAUUGUACCUUAUUUUACACAAAGUUUGCAACUCUGCAUGGCUUCCAAGAAAUCAUCGGUCUUUUCGAUACAACUUUCUUCCAUGUGAUUUUAGGUCUAUCUCAUCCUCUCAGUGUUGUGAACAGCGUGAAGCGAGGAAAACGACAAACCCAUUUUCGCUUAAAGCGUGAAGCAAGAAGCGAAGCGCUCGCUUUUUUGAAGUGAAGCGGAAUUUUAAAAAAAAUAUUAAAAUAAAUACUGAAGGAAAAGAAGAACCGAAGGAAAUUGGCAGUAAGUAAGAAAAAAAUUGGUCAGCAUUUCGCUGCAAUUUAAGACUGAAAGAGUGAAAGAAAAAGAAGAAGAAGAAGAAGAAGAAGAAGAAGAAGAGAAUGAGAAAAUGAAGAACUGAAGGAAAAAGAAAGUUGGCAGCAUUUCGCUGCUAUUUUGAGACGAAAGAAGAAGAAGAAGAAGAAGAACUUGAUGAAUUUGAACUUGAAAAGUGCAGAAAAUGGGAUCUCUAGUCGCCUGUUUUUCUCUGCUGCUCGAUAAUGUUUUGAAAAAAGAGCUUUUUUAUUUUUAACGUUGGCAACCACUUAAUAUACCAAAGUGCUCGCUUCUGUCGCUACUGUCGCUUCUCGCUUUUUUGGCAGAAGCGCACGCUUUAUAUCACCUGCUAUGCUUCACAACACAGAAACGACAAACUGCACUUUGCUUUUCACAACACUGCGUCCUCUCUUGAGAAAUCACCGUAUGAGCUUGUUCACAUUGUCGUCCUAAGCCCGAAUAAAGGAGAAUGAUUGUGUAGGGUUGACAACCAACCAUCAUAAAACUAGCCAAUUCUUGAUAUGGUAUAAGCGUGUGGAAGAUAUUCAUGAGCGGAAAGGAAAAUAGUUUUUAAGAUUCAUUAGAUUCACAAUUUAGAGUCACAGUGGAAAAUAGGAAAUAAGAUUCUUUUGUGGCUUAAUACAUGUUGUAGAGACCAAGAAAUUGUAGGUCUUUCGGGACAACUUCCCUACAUAUGAUUUUAAAUAUACCUCGUUCCCUCUCGAUAAAUUGCCGUGUGAGCUUGCUCACAUUGUUGUCCUAAACCCGGAUAAAGGAGGAAGGUUAGUGGUAGGGCAGCAACCAACCGUCAUAAAAGUAGCCAAUUCUUGAUUUGGUGCAAGCGUGUGGAAGAAAUUCAUGAGGGGAAAGGAAAACUGUUUUUAAACAUUCAUUAGAUUCACAAAAGAGAAUCACAGUGGAAAAUAGGAAAUAAGAUUCUUGUGGCUAAAUACAUGGUGUAGAGGCCAAAUGUUCUUGAAUUCCGUAGCGCAUUCACUGUAACUAUGGUCAAGGACGCCAAAGUAGCCGAAAUAAUUAGAAAAAAACGGGAAUGAGUUCCUUGAAAAUCUGUCUUUUAGAAGGGCUGUUCAGGAUUGAGAAAGGGAUGAAGUGGAAGGUUUAGUUUAGAAUAUACAUAGAUAUAGCAUAUACAAUUAGGGGGGGAUGAUGUGAUAACAUGAGAGGGACAGGGACUAAAUUUUUUCUGGGUAAACAUGCUACAAUCGCUUGAUCAAUGGAGGUGAUUUCAAGCACAUGGAAGUUAAUAUGGAAACUAGAGCACUAAUAGUGCUCUUUGCUAGUGUGCAUUGUGGGUCACAAUCCUACCUUGAGGAAAAGAAAACAAGUGGUCGUAAAUUGGUCUUGCAUGUAUAAGAUGCAGCAACUUUUUAUUACAUUACGAAGUAUAUAUUGCAACUUUGGAACAAAUUGUGGCCUUAAGAUAUUCAAUAUUUGGUUUGGUUAUCUUCCAAGAAAGCCAUGACAAACUUGGAGGAUGGAAGCAAGGAAAAAGGUGCUGUGAAAGACAGUUCCUAUUUGCUUGUUUUGGACAAUUUGGUGAGUAAAAAGGUGCUGUGAAAGACAGUUCCUAUUUGCUUGUUUUGGACAAUUUGGUGAGUAAAAAGGUGCUGUGAAAGACAGUUCCUAUUUGCUUGUUUUGGACAAUUUGGUGAGUAAAGAAUCAUAGAAGUUUUAAAGAAAUACUGAAAUUUAUAAGGGAAGUACUAAUUAUGUUGUAUUUUGAUGGAAUGAAAACAUUCAUUCCUGUAUAGAUGGCCGGAUGGAAUUUUUGGGAGCUUAAUAGCAUACACACAUGUAAAGAUGACACAGACUUGGGCUUCAAUUGUGGCGAGGCUGCCAACUUCGGUACUCCACAGUGGCUUACAGUAGCCAAAGAAGCUGCUGUUCGUCGAGCUGCCAUGAACUAUCUGCCGAUGCUAUCUCAUCAGCAGUUGCUUUAUCUGUUGACAAUGUCUUUUGUUUCAAGUGUGCCAAGGUCCUUGCUACCUGGGGUGCGAACCUCUCGUCUGAGAGAUCGUCAGAAGGAAGAAAAGGAGCUUCUGGUAAAGAAAGCCUUCCUGGAAGAUAUAGAAAAGGAGAAUGACCUGGUAAAAGUCUUGCUUCAGAAAAGCUUUUCUGACAAUGCAGUGUUGUGGGAUGUGGAUAUACUGCCGUCUUCAGGUAAAGAAUAUGAACUGCACAAGCAUGCUAGUGUGGAUGCUUCUAGAGGGAAUGAUCAGUCUGACAGUAUCGAUAGUCAGGAUCUAUUAGACCAGAUGAGCUUAUACAUGGAUAAUUACAGUGACUUCUAUGUGGAUGAUGAUGUGUCAUGUGACUUUGAAAUCGAUUCGGGGACAUUACCCUGUAUAGCUUGUGGGAUUCUUGGUUUUCCAUUUAUGACUCUGGUGCAACCAUCGAAAAAGGCUGCGGAACACCUUUUCCCAGAGGAUUUUCAGAAUAAACAAGAUUCUGGAGCGGUGAAACAUGUGGAGUCGGAUUGCCAUUCAGAUCUUAGGGGCAUGAUUGAGGACUAUAAUAGAGUUGACAGAAUGGAAAGAAAUGGGGGGCAUUACCUAAACCAUGAUGAAGUAUCUUUGUCUUCCCAGCCAAGUGAAUCUGCAGUUACUCCACAUGAGGGUCAAACAUCACAGUCUCAUAAUCCAUCACAUACAGAUAAUGCAGCUCUGACUUCAAAAAUUGAGCUUCAGAAGGAAUGGGAUUUUUGUACAAGUUCUGUGAGACCACGGAUAUUUUGCCUUGAGCAUGCAAUUCAGACUGAAGAACUUCUGCAUACUAAAGGUGGAGCAAAUGUUCUUGUGAUCUGCCAUUCAGACUUUCAGAAAAUCAGAUCACAUGCCACAAUUGUUGCAGAGGAAAUUGGCACGUCAUUCAAAUAUAAUGAGAUUUCGCUGGCUAAUGCAUCUCAAGGACAUCUUUCGUUGAUUGAUCUUGCAAUCGUGGAUGAAGAACAAGACAAAUGUACAGAAGAUUGGACAUUGAAAUUAAAUAUCAAUUUAAGGCACUGUGUGAAGGUGCAAAAGAAUUGUCCACUUAAGAAGUUAAAACAUGCAUUGACUUUGGGUGGAUUGUUCUCUGAUUCAACUCUUAGUUCAGAAUCCUCGAGUCUCAAGUGGCAGUCCAGAAAAGUACGCUCAAAGAGGAAGUCUAAUAAUUCAACAGAAAGUCCAGCAUUCGCAAAUGUUCAAAUAGAGAAGGUACUUGAUUCAGGAUCUAUAGUGGGCAGGCAGAAUACCAGAAAGGGGAAUAUAACCAUCCAGUAUUCCAGGAAAAAAUACAAGUCUAAGGCUUGUAGUUGUGCGGAGGUCACUAGGGCUUUUGUGGAUCCUUUUAAUGGUUUGACGGAGGAAGUUUUGCUUACAGAUGCAAAAACAUUUGGAAGUAGUACUCUCAUCAGGGAUGAAAAUGCAGGCACGGCUUCUUCAGGGGAAAGGUUUUUUGCUGCUCCUGAGGGGAAACCAGGACUGCAUCAUGAACAUGAGAUGCUUUUGGUAAAUAGAGAUCAAAAUGGAAAUCUCCUUGUAUCACAAGAAGCAGAUUUACUUGUCACCUCUUCUAUAAUGGUGGAAUUCAAUGAGGCCCAGGCUGAAAUUUGUACUACUGAGAAGUUUUCAAUGGAGGAAAAAACUUGUCAUACAAAUUCAAACAAUCGCCAUGCAGAGCAUAAGACCACGGCUCCAGAGAUUAGUGGAGACACUGAGGUAGCUCAUGUGAAUACUCCUGCAUGUACAACCAUACCUGUGGUUCGGAGUACUGCAAAUAAUGAAAAUUUGAGGGAGGAUCAGGAUAUGAUAGAAUCUGGCAUCAGAAAUAAGUCUGCUCAUCCGACGGAAGCAGAUUUUGAAAUAGAUCAUCAUGGAGAGGCUGAUAAAGCUAUUAUGACCAGAUCUCCCGUGCCUGUCAACUCCUCAGGAUCUUGCACUGAUGGUCCUUCAAGAAGUUGUGAUGAGCAGAUUGAGGAUCAAUCUCCAGAACAAUCUGGCUCAGGUAGCGAGGCAUCUGAUAAUGAGAUUUCGGACAACUCUGUGGAGCAAAAAAUCCAAAUUGAUAAUGCAGAUCAAGGUAUAGCUGUCUCUGACCAUGUCACACCAGUAGAAGAAGCUUCCGCCUCAGCAGGAAGUCUCAAAGUGACGAGAGAGACAUCGAGUCCUAAACACUCACAGAGUGGUGAUAAUAUCUCUGAGAGGCAUAAGAAAGAGUCAAAUGAUGAUACUUCUCCAAUAGUGUCUAGGCCAAUCGCAAAAAGUGGUGGCAAAAGAAGGCGUGAGCUAGAACUCCUAACAUAUGAUGGAUGUAGCAUUGGUGGCUUUGUUAAAAGCCCAUGUGAAGGUUUAAGGCCACGGGCUAGGAAGAAUGUUCUUGGGAGCAGAGUUGAUACUAAGGAACCUCUUGAGGAUAAACCAAUGGGGAAGAAGGUGAAGACGUCUUUACCUAGUUCCAUCACUCACAAGGAUAAGAAAGAACAGAGGAAGGGGACUCACAGGUGUGACCUGGAAGGCUGCCGGAUGAGUUUCCAAACAAAGGUAGAGCUGCAACUGCACAAACGUAAUCGUUGCCCCAUUGAAGGAUGUGGGAAGAAAUUUACAUCCCACAAAUAUGCUCUGGUUCAUCAACGCGUUCAUGAAAAUGAUAGGCCCCUCAGAUGUCCAUGGAAAGGCUGCACCAUGACAUUCAAGUGGGCCUGGGCAAGGACUGAACAUUUGCGUGUGCAUACUGGUGAGCGGCCAUAUAAGUGCAAGGUUGAGGGUUGUGGACUCACCUUCAGGUUUGUAUCAGAUUAUAGUCGGCAUAGACGGAAAACUGGUCAUUAUGUAGAAGCGGCCAACUGAUGUUAGUUACUAUAAUCAGGUUGGUUGUGUAAUAUACCAAAUAACUCGAUUGCUAGAGUGCGGAUUCUUGGGUUGAAAGACUAUCUUAAGAAUCAUGUAAACUAAUGCGCUCUUGUCAUUUUAGCAUGGAGCAUGGGUAGGAGUAGUGUUCUUCGUUUGUAGAGUGCCUGUUUUCAGGAUUAAUCUUCAAUUUUAAAUAUAAAAUUGCAUGUCAUUCUUUCAAAUUUCGUAAGAGAGGUCUAAGGGGACAAGGCCCUUCUCAUGGCACUUUGAUAAUGCUGGACAGUCAAUAAUGACCAUAUAGAAUUCAACAAAAUGAAAUCUGCUGCUUGUGCUGGA